AUUGAAGAAGACUAUAAGGUUGCAGAAUAAGGUUAUGAACUCUUUAGUCCACUACAAGCCGAAGGAAUAUGGAGGUUUCUAUUACAGAUGAAAUUGCAGGCACUAUGGAGCUCAACCCUGAUAGGCUGGGUGAGCUCAAAGCAUUUGAUGACACAAAAGCUGGUGUGAAAGGCCUUGUUGAUGAAGGGGUCGCAAAGAUCCCAAGAUUAUUUCAUCAUCCACCUGAUGAAUUUGUCAUGGCUUCAAAGUUAGGCAACACAGAAUACACUAUACCUGUUAUAGACCUUGCAGAAGUUGGCAAAGAUCCAAGUUCACGCCAAGAAAUUAUAGGCAGAAUAAGGGAAGCUUCUGAGAGAUGGGGUUUCUUUCAGGUGGUCAACCAUGGCAUCCCUGUGACUGUUCUAGAGGACUUGAAAGAUGGGGUGCAAAGGUUUCAUGAACAAGAUAUUGAGGAGAAGAAAGAGCUAUAUACCCGUGACCAUAUGAAACCUCUGGUGUAUAAUAGCAAUUUUGAUCUGUACAGUUCACCAGCCCUCAAUUGGAGGGACAGUUUCAUGUGUUACCUGGCUCCUAAUCCUCCCAAACCUGAAGACUUGCCAGUAGUAUGCAGGGAUAUACUUUUGGAAUAUGGGACAUAUGUAAUGAAGCUUGGAAUUGCUCUAUUUGAAUUAUUAUCAGAAGCUCUUGGGCUGCACCCAGACCAUUUAAAAGACUUGGGUUGUGCUGAGGGACUUAUUUCACUUUGCCAUUACUACCCUGCAUGCCCUGAACCAGAUUUAACUUUGGGAACCACAAAGCAUUCUGAUAAUUGUUUCCUCACAGUGCUUCUCCAGGAUCAUAUUGGUGGCCUGCAGGUUCUUUACCAGAACAUGUGGAUUGAUAUAACCCCAGAACCUGGGGCUCUUGUUGUUAACAUUGGUGAUCUUCUACAGCUUAUAACAAAUGACAGAUUCAAGAGCGUAGAACAUAGAGUACAGGCAAAUCUCAUAGGUCCAAGAAUAUCUGUUGCAUGCUUUUUCAGCGAAGGUCUUAAAUCAUCACCAAAACCCUAUGGACCUAUAAAAGAAUUAUUGACAGAAGACAAUCCUCCCAAAUACAGAGAAACCACAGUUGCGGAGUAUGUACGGUAUUUCGAAGCUAAAGGUCUUGAUGGAACCUCUGCACUUCAACACUUCAAGAUUUGAGUUGAAUUGGUGUGUGGUUUAUUUAGCACAAUAAAUGAAUAGAUUAGAUAAGUUGGAUAUUAUAACAUUUAUGAAACUAAAUAAGAUUAAGGAUCUUAUAUUCUUAUUCUUGGACUGGAAAUCUGUGGUAUCGUUUGUCUUGUAACUAAGUCAUUAUAAUAUACCGUAUGAGGUGAAACAAGAACUCUGCUUGUGUUGAUUAUGUAUCUUCAUAUGAA